AUGGCCAAUUCUACACGUCGCCGCUCGAUCUCUGUCUCGAUUGGCGAAGUGAACGAAGAUGAGGCGAUCGAGAAGAUGCCACCACGAGCCACCAAAUGGACAACGAUGCGGAAUAUGCGAAUCGAGGGACACAUCGAUCGAUCAAGGGCCCCACUGCAAGAUCAAAGAAAUGUGGUCUCGCGCCGAGCCAUGCAAAAGACGGAGAAAUUGCGACGUUCUGCCUCGGAAGCUCCUGGAAAUCGAAGAAGCACAGGCGUUUCGAUGGCCACUCACAUCUACAGCCGCUUCAAGGGAGUGCUCUCGAAUUUGGUCAGACAUCGCGUGGAGGAGCCAAUUGGAGGCGAUGUCGAGCCACGCGCGAAUCUCCCUGUGUCAAAUGUGAGUGACGAGCGAUGCGCAUCAAUCCUCGCUGAUAAUAUUCUCUACAUGUACGCAUAUCAGUUUCUACCCAUCAACUUCGACCAUUCGCAGUUCGGUGAUCGCAAAAGGACCGUCUAUUAUGCCUGGUUGCACGAGAUUUGGAGCUAUCAUCCUUGCUAUCACCCGACGAACAGCUUUUUCCUCGCCGUGCACUUGUUGGAUCGUUUUCUUGUGUUACUAUCGGGUACUCAGCUGAAAGAUGAGGAAAAACGACUCGAAUCUGCUGGCCUUGCCGCUCUUCAAUUGGCCGUCAAAUUCGAGACACAGUGCCCCCUUGCCGAGGACCUUGUUCGCACCUUUAAAAUCGCCGAGAUCAAUCGUUAUGAGCAUGUGCUCCUAGAACUUUGCAAUUUCGAGCUCGGCCGACACUCGGUGAUGGAUUUUACACGCUUGGUUCUAGAAGCAAUCACCCCGCUCUCAUCCCGUGAUCGCCUCUCCAACCAACGACAUUCCCGUGCAAAGCUUUUAGCUGUUCUUUCAGUUUUCGCCCCAUCGUUGACCUCUGUGAAGCCAUCAUUGGUUGCUGCUGCGAUUGGUCGUCUGCUCGUUUUCUCCGAGAAUCGUGCAUGGACUCCCGAGAUGCAAGAAAAGUUGCAACACUCGACUAAAGAGGUUUAUCCGGUGCUUGAAGAUCUCGUCAUACACAUUGGACUGUGCAAAGAAAGUACGUGGGCUGGGAAAGAUUUGAUCAAAUACUGGCGCAAGAAUGGAGCCGAUAUUGAAGAGUUUACGGAUUGUCUUCUUUCUGAUCUCACUCGAUUAGCUCGUUCAACGACAAAUGUAGAAUCAACGGUGGAACAAGAAGUGCAAAGUCGUGAGGGACAAGACGAUGGUGUCGGCGACGACGAUGACGGCCUCAAAGUCUGCGACCAGUUUGCCAUCGCCAUUCAAGAGUGCGGGAUGCCGCUCGGACCCGGCCGAAAACCAAUUACAGGCAGCGACCACUUCGCGAUCGAGCUCGCCAACUUUUGCGAGCAGCAAGCAACUGGCGCCGACAUCAUGCUUCACAUGGAUGCCGGCGAGGUGCCUCCGCCUCUGACCGAGCAACGUGCCUUCCCGGCGCUCGAUGCUUUGCUGGCUCCGCCAAUCGACCACGGCUCCAUCACGUCGCUUUCCACGACCCUCUCCUCGACUUCUCUGCCCUCAACCGGCUUCUCUUCUGCUACCGGCCUCGCUUCUGCUGCUUUGUUGACCCUUUCCCCGGUCAUCUGGGCUUUCAUCGCCGAUCUUGUCUACAAUUCAUUGUUCUGUCUUGGCCUCCUCUUCCCACUUGAGGGAAUUUACAUGUCACCGGCUUGUCUCUUUGCACAUUCACCGCCAAGUUGGAUUUGGCCUGAAAUGAUCUUCUCCCUAAUCGUUGUCUACAAUUGCAAUCUCGCCAUCGUGAAUUGUUUUCUGAGUCGACUUUGGGCAAUUGAGGGACAUCGAUGGGGACACGGGACACCGUUUAGACAAACUUGGACUGCUCUUUGUCUUCACCUCUUGUUUAGCAUUCGAAACGGGUAUGCAGUGGGAAUGGCUGCUUUGGAUCGAGAGACGCAAAUUCGAUAUGUGAAAGAGCAUUACCCAAACAGUCACCACUUGCUGAACAUGACCAAUUGGGUGAUUAUGCCAGCGGAGAUCAGCCGACUACACAAAAUUCUAUGGGCAUGGGUGAUCGAGUUCUCCCUCUUUACUGCCAUCAUUUUCUUCUCGGUUUUUCGAGUAAUCUACGGAUUAAGCAGCUCAAAAGUUUUCAUUAGUCGGCGAAUGCAUCGGGCACAGAAAAGUAUCAUUAAAUCUUUGAUCAUUCAAGCCUUCCUCAGCACACUUGUCUACUUUUUUCCCACCGUUGAUAUAUUAUUUUGUGCAUUAAUGGUAGAUUUUAAAUAUUAUGUUGAAAAGUUGACAGCUGUUUUCUAUUUUCAUUCAAAUGUGAACACGAUCACGAUGUGUUUUAUCAUUUCACCUUAUCGAAAAGCCAUCAAAACCCUUCUACAAAAGGCAUUGAGGAGAAUUUUGAAGAGAAUGGUAACCGAGUCGGAGAAA